AUGUAUGAUAGUAGGCAUGGUAAGGAUGCUAAGAGUGCUGAAGAAGAUGGGUUUCCCCUUAUUGAUCUUGAUGAUGAUGGUUCAAUGGAGAGGGAUAUGGAGAUUGGAGAUAUCAGUCUAUAUGUAGAUGUGUUAGCUGAUAAUGCAGAUUUCUUGAACAAGAAUAGUGAAAAUGAGUAUACGCAUCCUGAGUUCAAUGCUGAGGUUGAUAUGGAAAAUCCUACCUUCAAGUUGGGGAUGUGCUUUAGUAAUGCAAAGGAAUUUAGAGAAGCUGUUAGGAACCAUGCCAUAAAAAAUGGGAGAAAGGUGAGGUUUGUUAAAAAUACACCUAACAAGUUGAGGGCAGUGUGCUCGGAGGGCUGUGAUUGGCUCAUAUAUGCCUCUAAAGUGCAAAGGGAGCAUACUUUACAAGUCAAAACCUUCAACUCAGUACAUACAUGUAAUAGAACACUACAAGUUCCUCAAAUAAGUACUAAAUGGCUAGCGAAUAAGUAUUGUGAUAGGCUGAGAAACAAUCCUACAUGGCCAGGUGCUUCAAUGAAAAAAACGAUGGAGUUUGAGAAUGUUUUGAAGUUGUCAAGGACAAUGGUUUAUAGAGCUAGGGCAAUAUCAAUGAGUAUGAUCACGGGGAAUGAGGAGGAGCAAUUUUGGAUGCUUAGAAGCUAUUGUCAGGCACUUCUUGAUGCCAACCCAAGAUCCACAUGUAUAAUCAAGACUGAGCAAUGUCAAGACCAAUUUAAGUUUAGGGGAGUCUACAUUUGUUUGGAUGCAUUAAGGAGGGGCUUUGUAGAAGGAUGUAGGCACUUUGUGGGAUUCGAUGGUUGCCAUUUGUCAUCAGGCUAUAAGGGGAUACUUCUAGCAGCAGUGGGCGUAGAUGGCAACAAUCAAAUGUAUCCCUUUGCGUGGGCAAUUGUCGAACAAGAAACAUACAAGACAUGGCACUGGUUUAUUAGUUUAAUUGCAGAAGACUUGGGAAUUACAGACCCUGAAAAUUCAAAGUACUGGACUUUUUUGUGUGACAAACAAAAGGGAUUAGUGCAAGCACUAGCACAUCUAAUGCCCGAAGUAGAACAUAGAUUUUGCUUAAGGCAUCUUUAUGAAAACUUUAAACUACAUCACAGAGGAGUAGAACUUAAAAAGCUUCUUUGGAAGGCUGCCAUGGCAACUAGAGUAUGUGAUUUUGACUUGGCAAUGGCACAACUGAAGGCAGUUGAUGAGAAAGCUUAUGAUUGGUUAUCCCAGAGGCCUCCUGUGCAAUGGAGCAAGUCCUACUUUAGGAAAAAUUCAAAAUGUGACAUUUCCUUGAACAACUGGUGUGAAAGUUUCAACAAAAGCAUCAUUGAUGCAAGGGACAAGCCUAUCAUCACAAUGCUUGAAACUAUAAGAGCGCAACUCAUGGAGAGAAUUCAUAAGCAAAGGGAUGGGAUGACCAAAUACACUGGUGUGAUCUGUCCUAAUAUCCAGAAGAUAUUAGAUCUUCAAAAACAGUUUUCGGUAUCAUGGAUUCCAACCUGGAAUGGAGAGGAUGAAUUUGAAUUAAGUGGGCCAUAUGGAGACAAGAGAGUUGUUAAUAUUAGACAUAGAUCUUGUAGCUGUAGAAGAUGGGACAUCAGGGAUUCCUUGUUGUCAUCUUUGUGGCGGCUCUUAUAUACAUAA